UCCCCAAGACAUUCAGUUUUCUUUUCCUCUCCUUCUUUAUUAUAUGCUUAGCUUGUCUUCUUGCUUCCCCCACCAUUAUUGGUCUUGAUCACUUCUAGGUCGCAUUUUCAGAUUCCCUGAACUCUCUCUCUCAUCUUCAUCAUUGCAGAGAUCGAAAUGGAGACGAUAUAAUAGCUGGUGAAUUACAUAUUUUAUUCAUAUCGUCCCGCAUACACACCCCUUCCCUUUCCUUUCCAUUCCUUUUCUCUUCUUCUGAUCAUCAUCGACAUUCAUCACAUUCUUUGUUCCUGACGACAUUUGAGGAGAGGGAGGGAGAGAAAGAGAGAUGGUGCCGCCUUGGCUGGAGUCCCUGUUGUCGACCUCCUUCUUCUCUAAUUGCCCAUCUCACCGGGGCACGCCGCGGAGCGAAUGCAACAUGUACUGCCUCGACUGCGAGUCCGGCGCCUUCUGCUACUACUGCCGGUCAUCGCGCCACAAGGACCAUCACGUUAUCCAAAUAAGGAGGUCGUCGUACCACGACGUGGUCAGGGUCGCCGAGAUUGACACGGUGCUGGACAUAAGCGGAGUCCAGACGUACGUGAUAAACAGCGCGAGGGUCCUCUUCCUCAACGAGCGGCCUCAGCCUCGGAGCUCCACCGGCAAAGGCGUCUCUCAUCUGUGCGAAAUCUGCUCGCGGAGUCUGCUCGACCCUUUGCGCUUCUGCUCUCUCGGUUGUAAGCUUGAAGGGAUAAAGAGGAAUGGGGAUGCAAGCUUUGUCUUGAGCGCGAAGAAUGACGAAGAAACCGCGGAAAGGAAGGAAGGAAUGGCAAGGAGAUUGCCCUGUAAAGCAGACGAAGGAUCGCGUGAAGGCAGGCAAAUCCACUCUCAUCAUCAGCCGCCACCAUACAACGACGACGUCUCCCCGCCCACGCCGCCGCCCCCAUCGACCGCCCCCUCCAAUUCCCGGCGGAGGAAAGGGAUCCCGCGCCGGGCGCCCUUCGGGUACUAACGAGAUAUACGCAAAAGAGAAAGCUACGGACCGAUUCUUAAAACUAAUCUUCGUAAUUUAACAGCUCAUUCGGGAGAGGCCACCACAUGGGGUGGGAGGGAGGGAAGAGGUUAGUGUCCUAAUCAAGCGAUUACUUGCGUGCUUAGGGUUGCUUUUGGAGGGGGGGCCAAAUCGAAAGCGUGAGGUGUAAAAUUGUACAUUGUGUACACAUGAAGUUGUUCAAUACGAAAUGGAAGCGACAGGACCAGAUUGGUUUGAGCUGUGGUCUAAUUUUUUUUUAUACGUGGUGAUUGUUGGUGAUGCGAAAGAGGAGAUGGAUUAAGGGGUGUUUGAAUCGCAGUGGCUUUAGCUUCCAAAGCCAGAUUUGGGGGCUCAAUUCGCUGCUUUUGUUUAAUGGUUUUUCCUCGUCCUAAUCAUGGGGGGGGGGGGGGCUUGCCUAGUGUGCUUUUAUUGAUUCUCUUUCUCUUUCCCCGA